AUGUAUAUCUUAAUAUAAGGAUAAAAUUGUAAAAUAUACAUAUUAUUCGUCCUUUAUAUAUUUGAUUCAAUUGAUCUUUUGCCUUAUAUUGGGAAUAUCUAAUUUCAAUCAAAAUUGUUGUUUUUCAGAUUAAUUAUUUGAUAUUGAUUGUUGAUUAAAGUGUAUCUAAGUAUUUAAACUCUUAAAUUAAUUCAAGGAUUUAACAAUUUGUUUUAUAAGUAAAGCUAAGAUUAAAUAUGUUUUUUAUCAUUAUUUCUCAAUUAUUCUUAAAAAUUAAGUAGAAUAAUUAUAAUACAGAGUUUAGAGAACCAUUAACUUGAGCUAAUAAAAUUCAAAAUUUUUCAGUGUUACUAAUAUUAAUCAUUUUUGAGAAUAUUGUUAGCCAUUCAUAAUCCUUAUUACUUUCUUUAUAAUACUUUAAUCAUCAAAAAGAUAGGUAGUUUACUAAUUGGAUUUAUGGAUUUAAGCAGAUAGAAUAACUUACUUGAUAUAAUGUUUUUGAUACUCAAAUACGAUAAAGCGCAUCUUUAGUAGGGUUAUUAAUUGGUCCAAAGUAUGAUGUGAAUGUAUUUUAGAAUUUAUUGGGUUUAUGAGUUAAUUUUUUUAUUUAAAAAAUCGAAAUGAAUUCGAAGGGCAAAAGGACUUUGGGUAAAUGUUAUAAAAAAUAAGGUAGGUCCAAUUUAAAAAAUAAGCAAGCCAUCUUUUGAUUAUGAGUCAGCUCUGAAGGAACAUCGAGAGGUAGAGGAAAGAAUAAAAAUGGAAACUGACACUCAAGAUCCAAGGUAAUAGGAGUGAUUUAUGUUUAAAGGAAAUUUGUAAUGAAUCUGUUGAAUGAUCGUGAUAAUUCAUUCGUAUUGGAUAACUCUUUUACUAAUUCAUAGGUGGCAGCAAAAAAGCAGGUAUUUUGAUAAUUAAUUUGAUAGGUGUAUGUACGCUCAAGGCGAAUUAAGAGUUAAAUACCUAAUUUGUAAGGGUAAACAAAAAAUAACUCCUAAAUUCAAUAUGCCUCUCCAGCGCAAAGUUUAAAGUUUGAUUUUGAUUUGAAACCCGAUUUCAAUUCCAAACGAUCAAAUUUUGUUCCCAAGUUUAUAAAUUCGGGGAUAAAUUUUGAUGUAGAAGUAAAAGGUACACUUGGAGAGGAAUUUACAGAGUUUCAGAAGUGUAAAUAAGUGAUUCAAUAAUUUAGAUGACAAUGAUUCAUAACCAGAGGAGAUUCCAAAAAAUAAAAACUUUUCUUAUGGAGGCAGAAUGACUAACAAAAGGUUAAAGGAGUACGAUUGUUGGGAUGAAGAUAGAACUCCUUAAGAAUGGAUAGAAAUUUGUAAAUAGAGUAAUCCUCCACAUGCGAAAUGUCCAAUGUUUGAUGAAUCAGACAAAUACAUUUGGACAGAUGUUGAAGUGAUCGGUUUCGAGAAUGGUAAAUUCGAAGUUAAAAUAUUGAGAUCAAACAAAAUCAAAAGGAUUGGCAGAUUAUCAUUAUAAUUUUAUUCAGAAGACCCUGUAAAGUUUGAACAAAGAGUUGAACUGUGUAAACAAAGACAAAAGAAUGCAAAUGAUGAACUGAGAUUCUUAAAAUAUGUGGAUUCUCUGCCUGAUUCUAUGACAUCUACGUUAUCUCUUGAAAUGUAGAAAAAGAUUGACGAAUAUACAUUGUUUAGAGAUUUACCAUACCUUACGAAAGAAGAUCCAAGUAAGAUCGCUCCUGGAUUUCCAUAGAUAUAAACAUUCAAGGAUGAAACAAAGUAAAUGAUCACAGAUCCAGAAAUCAAGAGAAAAUAAAUGCAACAUCUUGAGUUGCUCAAAAAAGACUUAGUAAAGUAAGUUCAAAAAGAGUAUAUCAUGCUUAUGAAAAAAUGUUCAAUUCUUAAAGAUAUGGAAGUGAAUAAGAAUAAUAUCAAAUGGCUUCAAUUGAGAAUCAAGAAUAGAUUUGAAUAAACCAAAAAGCCGUAUUAUGGAUUAACUAAAUAAUUUGGGAGUGAUACUAAAAUUUUGAGUUUUGAAUCUUUAGGGCAACAACCUAUGAAGCAAGUCAAAAUUCAAGAUAAUUGGGGUUUUGUCUAAAUUAGAUAAAAUGUCUCUCAAUUGCACUAUUCUAAAUUUACUGUAGUAGUCAACACUUUGAAUGCUUUAACUGCCAGAUCACAAUUGUAUUAAAAUUUCCCACUCUUGAAUGUAUUGCUGAAUCAUUAAACAUUGCCUAUGACCUUGUCCAAUUUCGAAAGCUAACAAAAAUAACAUAAUGUCCAAGGAAGAUAAACACUGUAGGUGUAAUGGCGGAGUACUAUUGUUGGAGACAUCUAAGAUAAACUAAGAGAGAAAUAUCGAUUCUAUUAGACUGAAACUGAGGAUUAUUUGGAGAGUGAAUUGUAAAAGUUGCUUAUUCGAAUCGACUAUAUGUUUACCAAUUUUAUUAGAGAGAAUGUUGUUCGCUAAACUUGUUAGUCAUGGGUGGAUUUUAUUAAAAGGUUUACUACUCCAAAGGAAGGAGAGCAGUGGAGAAUUAACGAUUAUCCCUUAUUGAUUUUAAAUCUCGAAGUGAAUCUCAGUUUCAAAAAGAGCAAGAAGAACGAUAAAAAAAAUAAGUAAGAGGAUACUCCUUUAUUUGAGGAGGAUCUCAAUAGUGCAAUUUACUUUUCUCCUAAUUACUUAGCCAUCUAAUAGGGUUUGUUGAAACCAUUAGAUCUCUUAUUGGAAUCAGUGAAUUCAUUUAAUAGACUAGAAAAAGAUUUGGUUCCGUUGGUGGACAUUGAUCAAAGAAAAUAAAUAAAGGGAAAAUUGAGGGCUUACGAAAUUGAAAAUGAUAAGGAUUAAAUGUGGAUUAAGUGGGCCAAGGAAAAAGUCUAAGCAUACUUAGAAAUAGGUUACUAGAAACCAAAUUAAAUGCUAUAGAAAUUCAGAGAGUUUAGCUUUCUAUUAGAAAAGUCAGUUCCAAGUGUAUUAAAAAGUUUGUUUGGAGAUGUGUCCAAAAAACCUAUCAUAACAUCACUAGACAAAGAUGAAAUAUCAAAAAAACUAUCUGAUUUUAUUAAUGCUAAAUUUUAAAUACAAAGAUUAUGCUUAGAUGAAAAGAAUGAACAAUUUUUUUAAAUAAGAACUAGAAUAGCAAAGGAGAAUUUGAUAUCUAAGGCCAAUGAAUUUAUCACAUCCAUUUUGAAACAGUGUUCAGAUAUUGUGACUGACAACAUAAGUCGUUUAAGUUAGGAAUAUAGUGACAUGAGUGAUAGAAUUACUAAGCAACCAAAAAACGAGGCUGAAUUAAUCGAAUUAAAAACUUAUAUUGCAGAACAUGAAGUAAAUUUGGCAAAAAAGAAACAAGAAGUGGAUUGUAUCUACGAUUACCUGACUAUGUUCGAAGAUAUGAGUCAUAAUUUUGAAGAUAAAAAUCUAUAUGAGUUUUGGAACUUAUAUAGUUUUCCUCCUGAAAUCAAAAAUCAUGUGAUAGAAGGUCAGCGGAAGGCUAAUUUGCAGGAGUAAAAGUUUAUGGAAAAUUUGGACAAUGAGAAGGAUAAAUUCUAAGGAGAAUUGAAGGAAUUGACUGAGUUGUUCAUAACUGUUUAGAAGUUUGAUGACUAUUCAAGAGUAAAAGAUGUUGCAAAUGAUGUUGUGUCACUAAAUGAUCGAUUCUAAAAUGCAUUGAAAAAGGUUGAAUCUUUUAAUGAGAGAGAAUUGUUAUUCAAAUAGUAACCAUCAGUCUAUGAAGAUUUAAAUUAAUUGAUUAAGGAUUUCACUAUUUACUUUAAUUUGUGGACUAAUGCGAUAGAAUUCGAGUAUGAUAGAAGUGAUUGGUGUACAGGGUCAUUCUUGAAACUUAAUUUCGCUGAAAUUGAUAAUAAAGUAAGAACCAACUAAAGAAAUGCCAAUAUACUAAUAAAGGCUUUCUCAGAUGCACAAGAUGACGUUGCUGUGGAGGUGGCACGAAAAUUGAAAGGUUAAAUCGAUGAGUUUAAAGAGAAAUUGUGGUUGAUUGAAUUGUUGACUACAGAAGCUAUGAAAACUAAACUGAAUUUGUGGAAAGACAUUUGGAAGAUUGUAGGGAUUGUUGAUUAAGAAACAAAUGAUGAUUUAUCAUUGGAUGCUUUGGUAUCUCACGGCUUGAUGAAUUUUAGAAACGAUAUAGAAGAAGUAUCAAGGAAGGCUGAAAAGUAAUGGCAAAUAGAGAAAAAUCUGAAUUUAAUUUAGGAGAAGCUUAAAGAUCAAAAAGUAGAAAUGAUUCCAUACAAAAAGACAGGAACCUUUGUAUUGAAAUCAUUAGAAGAAGUAGUUUAAUGUUUUGAUGAUUAAUUCAACAUUCUAUUGAUGUUAAAGGCAUAGCCAUAGAUCAAAGCUGUAUUACAUAAAGCAUAAGCUUUGGAAUAAAAGAUAGUGUUAAUUUAGGAUUCACUUGAUGGUUGGAUAAAAUGUUAAAGGGGAUGGAUGUACUUGGAACCUAUUUUUACAUCAGAUGAUAUCAAGAAGAAAAUGCCAUUAGAAACCUCAAAAUUUUAGAAGGUGGAUGCUCAUUGGAAAACAGUAAUGGAAUAAUUUAGCAAAGAGCCAAAUCUUUGGGAUGGAAUAGACAAUGAGAAGAUGAAAAAUGAUUUCGAUUAAGAUAAUAAAGCUUUGGAUUAGAUUUAGAAAUCUUUAAGUGAGUAUUUGGAGACAAAACGUAACUCAUUUCCAAGAUUUUAUUUCUUAUCAGAUGAGGAACUAUUAGAAAUCUUGGCAUAAACUAAAGAUCCAGAAACAGUGCAAAAGCAUAUUAAUAAAUGUUUUGAGGCCAUCAAUUUAUUAGAAUUUGUAAAUGGAUAGGAAGUGGUGGCUAUGAUUUCAGCUGAAAAAGAAAAAGUACAAUUUUCAAAAGGAAUCAAUGUUAAUGAAGGUGAGAAGAAAGGCAAUGUGGAAAAGUGGUUAUGUGAAAUUGAGUCUGUUAUGAUUGACACCUUGAAGAAGAUAAUGAAAGCCUCACAUCUGGACAAUGAUACAAAGAGAGUUGUUUGGGUGAGGAAAUGGCCAGCUUAAAUAGUUUUGGCAGUAAAUAUGAUUAGAUGGACUAGAGGCAGUGAGACAGCUAUAAAUGAUAAAGAUAAUUAAUAAGGAGGAUUGUCAGGAUUUUUAUAACAAUUGAUUAAUGAACUUAGAGAUAUUGUAGAUUUAGUUAGAUAGGAUUUAUCACCUUUAGAGAGAUUAACACUAGGUGCCCUUGUUGUGUUAGAUGUGCAUGCUAGAGAUGUAAUUAGAUAAUUAGUAAAAAUUGGUUGCAAUGAUAUCAAUAAUUUCUAAUGGAUGGCAUAAUUGAGAUAUUAUUGGACUGAAUAAGUAAUGAAAUGCAAUGUCAAGAUGAUCAAUGCUGAUUUACUCUACGGAUAUGAAUAUUUGGGUAAUAGUAUGAGAUUGGUCAUUACACCUUUAACUGAUAGAUGCUAUCGUACUUUGAUGGGAGCAUUCCAUUUGCAGUAUGGUGGUGCACCUGAAGGACCAGCAGGAACAGGAAAAACAGAAACUGUAAAAGAUUUGGCUAAGGCUUUGGCUGUUUAAUGUGUUGUAUUUAAUUGUUCAGAUGGUUUAAACUAUUUAGCAAUGAGUAAAUUCUUUAAGGGAUUGGCAAGUUCAGGAGCUUGGUGUUGUUUCGAUGAAUUUAAUCGUAUUGAUUUAGAAGUGCUCUCAGUUAUUGCUUAAUAGGUGCUAACAAUUUAGGAUGCUAUUAGAUAGAAAAGACCAGAAUUUGAGUUUGAAGGCACUAUAAUCAAAUUGAUUCCAUCUUGUGCUAUCAAUAUCACAAUGAAUCCAGGGUAUGCUGGUAGAUCUGAUUUACCAGAUAACUUAAAAGCCCUAUUUAGACCAUGCGCUAUGAUGGUUCCAGAUUAUGCGUUGAUUUCAGAAAUCUAUUUAGCCUCUGUAGGAUUUCAAGAUGCCAAUAAUCUAGCACGUAAAAUUGUAGCUUCUCUAAGAUUAUCGUCUGAAUAACUGUCGUCAUAGGAUCAUUAUGAUUUUGGUAUGAGAGCUUUAAAGGCUAUUUUAACAGCUGCAGGUAAUCUGAAAAGAGUCAUGAAUGACAUUGAAGACAUCAUUUGUUUAAGAGCACUUAUGGAUGUCAAUAUUCCAAAAUUCACAAUAAAUGAUGUGCCCUUAUUCAACUCAAUUACAUCGGAUCUAUUUCCAGGAAUCAAGUUGCCUGAAUAGGAUUAUGGAGCAUUAGAAACAGCACUCAAAAAUACAGCUUAGGAGAUCAAUAUUCAAGCAGAAAAGGGAUUCAUUGAAAAGUGCAUUCAAUUAUUUGAUACCAUAAAUGUUCGACAUGGUUUGAUGAUUGUAGGAUAAGCAUUUGCAGGUAAAUCAAAGGUAUUGGAAUGUUUGGCUAAAGCUAUGUCAUCAUUAAAUAAAGUGUAACCCUUUGUUAACGUGGCUGUUCUCAAAUUGAAUCCAAAAUCCAUCACUUCAGAUUAAUUGUAUGGUAAGUUGGAUCCAGACACAAAAUCAUGGACUGAUGGAGUCAUUGCUAUUAUUAUGAGAUAGUGCGCAUAAGAUGCUGAAGUUGAAGAAAGGAAGUGGGUUGUAUUUGAUGGUCCUGUAGAUGCAGUUUGGAUUGAAAAUAUGAAUACUGUUUUGGACGAUAAUAAGAAAUUGUGUUUGACUUCUGGUGAAAUCAUUAAGAUGACAAAUUGGAUGACCAUGAUGUUUGAAGUUGAGGAUCUUGCAGUUGCAUCACCUGCCACUGUUAGUAGAUGUGGUAUGGUCUUUUUAGAAACACAACAAAUUGGAUGGUAUGCAUUAGUCAAAUCCUACAUUCAAACAAUCCCUGAAAAAUUCAUAGAGCAUCAUUUUUUGGAUGAUCUAUUAAGAGUCAUUAUUGAUUGUAGUUAGGAAUGGUUGAGGAAGCAUGGCAAAUUCCCAAUUUACAAGAGCGAAAUGACUUUAGUUAAAAACAUGUUACUAAUACUCCAAACCUAUCUACAAGAAUGGACAGAUAUGGAUGAGAAGGCUUAAUAAAAAUAAAUUAAUCAUAAUGAAAUUAAGGAUGUAGUUUCUAAGGCCAUUCUAUUUUCUUGUGUUUGGAGUUUCGGUGCAGCCAUCGAUGAAGUGUGUAGAAAAUAAUUUAACUAAUUCUUGAUUAAGAUGAUUUCUGCUGAAGACGUACACGAGACUUUCAAUCUGUAAUUAUAAUACAAGUUUUAACCCAUCACAGUCAAUGCUAAAUUGCCUGAUAAAGCUAAUCUAUUUGAUAUGGUGUAUGAUAGAACGAAAAAUAACUUCAUAAGUUGGACUUAAACACAACCACCAUUUGUCAUUUAAAAAGGAUGCGAUUAUCAUGAUUUACUUAUUCCCACAAGUGAUUCUAUUAGAAAUAAUUAUUUCUUGCAUUUAUGUGUCAGAAACAAGAUUCACCUAUUAGUAUCUGGACCAACCGGUACUGGUAAGACAUCAAACAUUGUAAGUGAAAUAAAUAAAAAUUAUUUUAAUAAUGAAUACACUAAUUUGAUAACUGCUUUUUCAGGUUAAACCUUAGUAAAUUAAGUUUAAAAAACAAUAGAAGCUAAGGUGAAUUCGAGAAGAAGAAAAGGGUAUUUCGGACCUGAGGAGGGCAAGAAAUAUAUUGUGAUAUUUAUUGAUGAUCUGAAUAUGCCAGCCAAAGAAAAGUAUGGCGCAUAGCCCCCAAUAGAAUUGUUAAGACAAUGGAUGGAUACUGGUGGUUGGUAUGAUUUGGAAACCAAGGAACCAAAAUUCCUUUAAGGGAUUACCUUUAUUGCUAGUAUGUUACCGCCAACUGGAGGCAGAAAUGUUGUUAGUAUGAGAUAUUUAAGGCAUUAUGUGUUGUUGUAUGUUGAGCCUUUCGAAGGAGAUUCGUUGUAAAGAAUAUUUUAAAAUGUGUUGGAAUGGUAUUACGCAAGACAGACAAAUCCAUUUAUGAAAUCAAUUACAAAUAUGAGGGACUCAACAGUCAAUGCCACUCUUGACAUUUAUUAAUUAAUACAAACCUGUAAGGAGCUCUUGCCAACUCCAGCCAAAUCGCAUUAUAUAUACAAUCUCAGAGACAUUAGCAAAGUAUUCUAAGGAAUUUCAAAAGGAAUUGUUAAAUCCUUUAGAGAUGAAAAUGAUUUCAUAAAAUUAUGGGCACACGAAUGUCAACGAGUAUUUUAGGAUAGAUUGAUCAAUGAAGAUGAUUAAGGAACCUUUGAUAAGAUCCUAAAGGAAACCAUUCUGAAACAUUUCAAAAGGGAUUGGAAACAAUUGGUACAAAUAGAACCACUCCUAUGGGCUUCCUUUGUACCCACCCUCUAUCCUGACGAUGAUAGAACAAAGAGACCCAUGACUGAUAUCUAUUGCGAAUUGACUGAUCGAGAAACACUUAAGAAGGUAUGUCAGGAACAAUUAAAUGAAUACAAUUCACAAUACACAAGUAAUAGAAUGGAACUAGUGUUAUUUAUGAAUGCAAUCUAGCAUGUGCUUAAGAUAGUACGUGUGGUUAAUACAACAUUUGGUCAUGCCUUGUUGGUUGGUGUAGGAGGUUCUGGAAGAAAGAGUUUGGCUUAAUUGGCCUCUUUCAUUGCAUUCUAAAAUGAGACGUUGUAGGUGGACUCAAGAAAUUGGAUCGAAGAAUUGUAGAAAGUAAUGAAGAUGGGAGGAAUAGAUCAAAAAGAAAUAGUGUUCAUGUACUCAGACACUUAGAUUAUUAAGGAAUCGAUGGUUGAGGAUAUUUGUAAUAUCUUGAACAAUGGUGAAGUGCCCAAUUUGUUUCCGACUGAAGAGAAGAGCAAAAUAAUUGAAGAAAUGAGUAGUUACACAUCUGGAACUCCAAAUGAGAAAUAUGGUUACUUUGUUAGAUAAUGCAAGAAGAACUUGCAUCUUGUUAUUUGCAUGUCUCCGGUGGGAGAAGCAUUUAGAAGGAGAUUACGUACUUUUCCUGCUCUGGUUAAUUGUACAACAAUCGAUUGGUUUUUGCCAUGGCCUGAAGAAGCACUUAGAUCAACUGCAAAUGCUGUGUUCACAAGGGACAUGAAUAUCAAUGAUAAUAAAUUGCGACAAGGUCUGGUGGAUAUUGCAGUUGAUAUGCAAAUGAGGGUAUCUGAUCUAACCAAAAGAUAUUACAAUGAAUUAAGAAGAUAUUAUUAUGUGACCCCAACAUCGUAUUUGGAAUUGCUCAACACAUUCAAGAGACUGAAGUCAGAUAGAGAUCAAAACAUGUCCAAGAUGAUCUCUCGAUAUGAGGCAGGUGUAGAUAAGAUUAUCAUCACAGAGAGUGAAGUUAGCAAAAUGUAAAAGGAAUUGGAAGAUUUGUAACCCAAAUUGGAGUAGGCUACUAAGGAUAACAGUAUAAUGUUGAUUAAUUUGUAAAAGAAAUAGAAAGAAGCUGAUGCAAGGAAACAGAUUUGUUAGCAAGAAGAAAAGGAUUGUAAUGUACAAAGAGAUGCAGCCAAUGCUUUAAGAAAUGAUUGCUAAAAUGAUCUAGACAAAGUGUUGCCCAUCUUGGCUUAAGCUGCUGAGGCAUUGGAAAAGAUUGAUAAAAAUGAUAUGGUCCAAUUGAAAUCAUUCCCUAAGCCUCCUCCCUCAGCUGCCAUUGUUAUGGAAGGGUUAUGUUACAUCUUCCAGGAAGAUCAGAAUGUACCUUGGAAACCUAAAGAGCCAGGCUCUAUGGAGAAGGUAUAAGACUUCUGGGAGUACUCAAAAAAGAAUCUGUUGAAUGACAAGUUGAUCAAGAGAAUUAAGGAUUUCAGGGAUGAUUCUAUCAGAUAAAUUCCUUAAGCAAAAAUCAAUAAAUUAAAAGCAUUUUCUCAAAAUCCAUUGUUUUAGAAGGAUAAGGUGUUUAAUGCGUCUGUUGCUGCAGGUAAUCUCAGCUUAUGGGUUCGUGCAGUCGUAGAGACAUACGAUGCUUUAUUAGUAGUGGAUCCCAAGAGACAGUAAUUAUUGGAAGCAGAAGCCAAAUUAAAAGAAGCUGAAGAAACUCUCAGAGUAAAGCAAGAAGCAUUAUAGGAAGUGCUAGAUAUGUUGGCUAAAUUAGAAGCGGAUUAUAAUAAGGCAAAACAGGAAAAAGAGGAUUUGGAGGCCAAAGUUAACAAGUGCAAGAUUUAAUUGAGUAGAGCUGAAAAAUUAAUCACUGAAUUAGGAGGAGAGAAGGAGAGUUGGAAAAAGAAGGCUGCUGAUUAUAGAGUGGAUUCUAAGACAAUUGUUGGCGAUUGUAUAUUGUCAUCAGGAAUUGUGGCAUAUUUGGGAGCAUUUCCAAUUGCAUAUAGAGAUGACACGAUAAAAAUAUGGUAGACAUUACUAGAAAAGUUAAACAUUGAAUUCGAUCCAGAGUAUUCCUUAUAGAAGAUAUUGUGUGAUCCAAUAACCAUAGGACAAUGGACUAAUGUUUAAAAGUUACCUAAUGAUUCAUUCUCUAUUGAUAAUGCUAUUAUUCUGAAAAAUUCAACUAGAUGGCCUUUGAUGAUUGAUCCUCAAACUUAAGCUAAUACUUGGGUUAAGCACAUGGAAGCAUAACAAUUAGUGAUCGUGAGACCCACAUAAUCUUCAAAUGUAUUGUCAAAGACUUUGGAAAGUGCUUUGCAGUUUGGAUAGAGUGUGCUGUUAGAAAAUGUAGGUGAAACCAUUGAUACUAUUUUCGAAUCGAUUCUUUAAUAAAAGAUUAUUAAAUAAGGUUCUGCCUACAAAUUGAAAUUUGGAGAUAAAAUGAUUGACUAUUCCAAAGACUUUAAGUUUUACAUGACUACUAAAUUGGCUAGACCUCAUUAUCCACCUGAAAUUUGUGUUAAAGUUACUAUGUUGAAUUUCUAAGUCACCUAGGAAGGAUUAGAGGAUCAGAUGCUAAAUAUCGUAGUUAAAAUUGAAGAGCCAGCUAAGGAUGAAUAAAGGUAAAGGAAUAUCAAAGAGUUCUUUGAAAAUAAGAAUAAAUAAAAGAUGACAGAAGACAACAUUUUGUAAUUGUUGCAGGAAUCUAAAGGCAAUCUAUUGGAUGAUGAAGUCUUGAUUGAUACGCUGUAGAGAUCGAAAGCAGAAUCAAUCACAAUUUAGGAUAAGUUGAAGAAGUAAGAGUAGGAUAGGGAAUAAUUUAAUUAAAUUCGUAACUUUUAUAAAGAAGUUGCCAGGAGAGUAGCUAAUUUGUAUUUCGUUGUUUUGGAUCUUUCAUUAAUUGAGCCUACCUAUUAAUGGUCUUUGGAGUUCUAUAUUAUCCUAUUUGAGAGAGCAAUUCGAGAGUCAAUUUAAGGAAAGGAGAAUAGAAGCAAAAAUAUCAUAGAUAAAUUUUAGAUCUCUUUAUAUGAGAGUAUUUGCAGAUCUCUAUUGGAGAAGGAUAAAUUGAUAUAUUCAUUUUUGAUGACUAUGAAAGUGAUGUAAAGUGAGGGUAAGAUUACUCCCCAAGAAAUACGUUUCACCAUGGUUGGAGGAACAUAUACAGAUCCCACAUAUCCAUAACCAUAACCAGAAUGGAUAUCUAAAAAGAUGUGGUGUCUAGUAACAGAAGCUGCUGAUACGUUACCAUUUUUCAAAGGAUUUCCUGAGUCCUUCUCUAACAAUUUAGCCGAUUGGCAAGAAAUGUAUGAUAGUAGUGAACCACAAAUGUAGUAAUUACCAGAACCUUGGCAUUCAUAAUUGACUGCUUUUCAAAAACUAAUUGUCUUGCGUAUUAUUAGACCUGAUAAGUUUGCAAAUGCAACUUAAAAUCUCAUCAUAACAGAAAUGGGCAAAUAAUUUAUGGACCCUCCUCCAUUCAAUCUAGAGUAUGCCUAUAAGGAUGCAGAUGCUUACACUCCUCUUAUAUUUAUAUUGUCUCCAGGUGCUGAUCCUCGUUUGGAAAUAUCAACAUUAGCUGAUCGUCUGGGAUUUAGAUAGAAUUUCAUCACUCUCUCCUUGGGAUAAGGUUAAGGAGAAAUAGCAACUAAUGCGAUAAAGGGAGCUGUUAAGGAAGGCAAAUGGGUGUUAUUGUAAAAUUGUCAUCUUGCACCAUCAUUUAUGCCUGAAUUAGAAAGAAUACACGAACAGGAAAUAUGUGCAAAACCAGUAUAAGAAGUUAAUGCUGAUUUUAGAAUUUGGUUGACUUCGAUGCCCUCAAAUGUAUUUCCAGUGACUCUGUUGAUGAGAGGCAUUAAAAUGACAUAUGAGCCACCAAGAGGUUUAAAGAAUAAUAUGUUGAGAAACUUCUCAUCAAUAGACGCCAAGAGUUUUGAAUUAUGUAAGAAGCCAGUAGAAUGGAAAAAACUGUUUUUCGGUUUGAACUUCUUCCAUGCAGUUUGUUUAGAGCGUCGUAAGUAUGGACCUCUGGGAUGGAAUAUUCCUUAUGAAUUUACUUCGGCAGAUCUAGCCAUAUCUGUAUCCUAAUUGAAAAACUUCCUCGACACUUUCGAGGAUAUUCCAUGGGAAGCUCUCAAUUACAUGGUUGCGGAAGCUAAUUAUGGAGGCAGAGUCACAGAUCCAAAGGAUAGAAGAUUAAUUGCUAUACUUCUGAAGUAGUUCUACACAACAGAUGUAUUAUAGAUAGACAAACAUAAGUUAAGUCCGAGUGGUACUUAUUAUGUACCACCAAAUGGAGUAUUAGAGGAUUACAAGGAAUACAUAAAAAAUCUACCUUUGAAUGAUUAGACUGAAGUGUUUGGACUACAUGAUAAUGCAGAAAUAUCAUCAGCAAUAAUUGAAACUAAUUUCAUUACAUCAACCAUUUUGUCAUUGCUCCCUAGAUCAACUGGAGGUGCUGGUGCUUCUGCAGAAGAUCUAAUCAAAGAGAAAUGCAAACAAAUCCUAUCUAAAUUGCCUAAUCAAUUUAAUGUGGAGGAAGCAGCUCGGAAACAUCCUGUGCAAUACAAUCAGAGUAUGAACACAGUUUUACAAUAAGAAUUGAUUAGAUUUAAUAAAUUAUUGCAAGCUGUUAGAUAGUCUCUUAUUGAUUUAGGCAAGGCUAUCGAUGGUUUGGUUGUGAUGAGUGCAGAUCUGGAAUAAGUUUUCAACAAAGUUUUUGAUAAUUAAGUUCCAGAUGUUUGGCAUAAGGUGGCUUAUCCAUCUCUCAAACCGUUGGGAUCGUGGAUUAAUGACUUUGUUGAUAGAUUGCAUUUCAUGUAAUUAUGGAUUGACAAUGGGGCACCACCAACCUUCUGGGUAUCUGGAUUCUUUUUCACUUAAUCGUUCUUGACUGGCACACUCCAGAACUUUGCUCGAAAAGUAAUUUAAUUAUAAUAUUCAAUUUUAGUACCAAAUUCCAAUUGAUACCCUCUCAUUUGAGUUUAUUGUGAUCCCUCCUUCUUCAUAAGAAUACGAUCUUUCCAAACCUCCUGAUGACGGUUGUUAUGUCUAUGGUCUUUUCCUUGACGGUGCUCGAUGGGAUGAGGAAAAUAGAUGUCUAAAUGAAAGCUUACCUAAAAUACUGUAAUAUAAGGUGCCCUACUUGUGGCUAUUGCCAAGCGAAGAGAAGAAGGAUUGGGAUGCUGACUUAUCUGUAAUGGUUAUAAUAUUAACUUAGGUUUAUGAAUGUCCAGUAUAUAAGACAUCUAGAAGAGCCGGAACACUGUCUACAACAGGUCAUUCCACUAACUUUGUUAUUUCUGUAUAUUUGCCUAUAUCCCCUGAUCACCAUCCCUACCACUGGGUCAAAAGAGGAGUGGCCAUGCUAUGCCAAACUGAUGACUGAUUCAUUAUUUUAUAGUGUUGGG